UUGUGCCUCCUCGAUUCGAUUCAUCUACAAAUAUCUUCAUCCUCAUCGUCAUCUGAGAGGGCUCGUCGACCGUUAUGAUGUGUGUAUGCAAGAAACGUAGCUGCAACAAUCUGGAUAAGUACAGAGGAACAGAACAGAACGAAUAACUUCAAUCAUUUCAGAAGGAAACUAAACAACUGAGCUACGUUUGCGUGUUAUUGGGACCAAGAUGAACAAACCGACCGUCUUCUUACUCGCUCUCUUGAGCGCUUCAUUCCUUGUCCAGACUCAGGCACAAAACAUUGUGGACGCCAUCGUCAGAGCCGAGACACAGAAAGCUUCAGGAGCAGCCAGAUACUAUGCAGCUGUUAGCACUGGUGUCAUUCCACAACUUCAGCUCACUGAUGAAGAAGCCAUCGCGGUUUGCGGACCUAUUGCCGGCGAGACUACCCGAGAAACCGGUCAUCCCAGGACAUGCAGUGCCUUUGUUACCUGCUAUGAAUACAACGGGCCCAACUUUGGAAUCGCGUACGUCAGGGCAACGGCUGCAGGAACGUUUUGGUCAUUGAACAACACUGCUGAACUGGCCGCACUUGACGCAUCAUGUCCUCUACAUCCCUGCAGAAGUGGAAUACCUCUCACGGACGGACAGACUUGCUACUCCUACAUCACCUGCGUGAAUGGCAAACUAGAAACACGAAAGUGCGCGGACAGGUUCAGCUACAGCUACUCGCAGGCUCGAUCCAAUACCAGCAACCCCUGCGUUGCAGAUGACACGUGCUCUCAAGUUGCGGCUUAUAAUUACACCAUCAUCAGCUGCACUCCACUGACUAGUGUGCAGGCGCCGGUGGUUGAAUACAACCGAACACAACUCAUCAUAUUCGCCGAUGGAAGGCCUGAAGAAAGAACUUUGACACUGAAAUGCCCGGCUAAUACUGUCCUAGAUACGAGAAACCUGGGCAACUGCACGUGUAUUCCAUUUAACCAACGAGACUGUCCUGUUACACUGGAGCUCCCCACCAGCCUCUCCUUGCCCUCCGUUAACCUCACUGAGUUCCCCGCCCUUGCUUCCAAUGAAAUCGCAGGAAACUUCAACAUGACUCUCAGUUUCCAAGUUUCCGCCUCCACCACCAAUGCAGCGCUGGUCAGCAACUCUAGAAACACUCAGAACUGCCAAACAGCUUCACUGGAGGUUUACCUCGAGGGUGGCCAGGUUGGCGCCAAGGUGAUGAACAUCAACGGGGGAAGUUAUGUUCUCCAAGGUGGUAACGGACUGAACUCUGCCGGAAAUACCAACUUUGUCCAGCUUGUGCGCAGCAACAGCACCUUGACUCUGAUCGUGAAUGGCAACGCAGUUUCUAGAGAUAUUGGAACGUCUAGGCUCGCCAAGACAAACUGUGGCUUAAGCUUGGGACAAGGAUACCCUCGUGCAAACUUUGCUGGGACCAUCAGAAAUUUCCGAAUGACACUGCCCUGCGUCUAAAAGUUCGAUCUAGUGCCUCUUGUCAGCGUCCAACUCAAUGUCGACCAUCCAUUAUUCUUUGUUCUUCUGAAAUGAAAAAGUAGAAAAGAAACAGUAUUUUUGAAACUAAACACUGUACUGGAAAAAACAACUUACAAAUUAUUACUAACAUCAAAAAUACCGGUAAAUGAAUAUAAUUUGUUAGAUGAACUGAGGCAUUUGGCGUUGCCUACAUUAUCGAGAAAGAUGCUACAAAUGGCUGGUUAAUAAAUUUCUGCAAAGAGAAA